AUGGAUCUAGCCUACGACCACAUCGAAGGCGAGAUCUUCGCCGCCAGUCAGCGCGCCAAAAAAGAAGACAACAAAGAAAGCGGCGCCACCCAAGAAGGCGACUCCAACAACGCGGCCGCCGCCGACCACCCGCCCGUCGAUCUCAACACCGAGCUGCAGGAGACCUUCCGUGCUUUCUCCGCCAGCCCCUGGGGCGUUCGCAUCGGUGGAUUGUGGGAUAAUGUGCGCAAGCAGGGGGAGAGUUACUAUGAGGGUGCUAGGCAGGAGUAUGCCGCUGCUAGCGAGGAGGCCGUUAAGGGGUUCUCGGACCUGAGGGAGAAUAUUGUGGGUCGCACGCGUGGAUUGUCGCUGAGUACGGCGUUUGCUGGUGGGGAUGAUGUCGAGGGUAAUAGCGGUGGUGCUGCUAAGGAUGAGGCGUCUACGCCGACCGGCACCGGCGCUGAAGGCGAGGGGUCUGCUUCCGGCGAGGGAUUCCUCGCUCGGUUGAAAGCCGAGGCAGCUCGGCGGUUGAAGGAGAUUGAGAAGGCGGAGGAGGCAGCCGACGAGGCUAUCUUGCGAUUCGGGAUGAAUAUUGGGCAGAAGCUGCGCGACGCUGUGAGCAUUGUGCCGCCGGAUUCGGAGGCGGAUAAGCUGCUCUUUGAGAGCAAGGAUGCGGAUGGCAAGCGGGUGAUCCAUGCGACGCGCUUUGAGGCCCAGUUGCAUGUUAUUCAUUCGAACCUGGAGAGCUUCACGAAGGAUCCCGUUAGCGAUGAGUGGGCGGCGUUUAAGGAGAAGUUCGACAUUGAUAGUAAGACGGAUGAUGUCGCUGCUGAUUUGGAGAAAUAUCCUGAGCUGCGGUCUGCGAUGGAGAAGCUUGUUCCGGAGCAGGUGGAGUAUGCGACGUUUUGGUGCAGGUAUUAUUUCUUGCGUCUGGUUAUUGAGACGGAGGAGCAGAAGCGCAAGGAGUUGCUGAAGGGUAUUCUGACUAGUACAGGCGCCAACGCAGGCGACGAAGAAGAGGUCGCGUGGGACGACGAUUCCGACGACGACACCGACUCCCCCUCAACCCCGCAAGUCAAGUCCAACAAGCCCACCGACGAAGCUCAAGCCUCCACUGCCCCAGCCGCCGAAAAGACCACUCCCAAGUCCAACGAGCGCCGCCCCUCCAACGACCAGCAAUCAUCCGCGGACAGCGAAUCCAGCUACGACCUCGUCAGUGGAGCCACCAGCCGCACGCCUGCCAGUCCCAAGGAAAAGGCCAAGGACGACGAGAGCGACGAUGACUGGGAGUAA